UUCAAUAUGGCUACAUAGAUGAAGUUACUCCGUUCGUCUGUGGAUAAUUUACGAACUAUUGGCCACAAUUUUGGUCCAAUAUGUCGAGUCACACUGCCAGAACAACAAGAUACAGCACAAGAAGACUUCGGAAACGACCAGUUGUGAAACAAGCGUCUACGAGACGCCAGAAUGAUGGAAAUGCCAACACACAGAACACAGACAAUGAAGAUGACUCGAGCAGUAAGCCAUGCCACAUGCGAUACAACCUACGGAAACGGCAACCAGAGGGCAGUACUAGUCCUUACACCGGGGGACGAAGUCACAGUCUCUCAGAGUCCUGUGCACCAGCUAAGAGGCGACGCAAAUCAUCCACUCGCUCUGUGGCUCCAUAUUUGAAAGGAUGUCUGGUUGGAGCACAUUAUCUUCAACAAGACCUACCUGAUGAGGUACUGCUGAAGAUCUUCAGUUACCUGUUGGAAUUUGACCUAUGUAGAAUUGCAUGUGUUUGCAAACGUUUUCGCAUCAUAGCCAACGACACAGAACUUUGGAAAGAUAUAUACCAGGAUGUAUUUGAGUAUGACUUCCCACUCAUGCAUCCAGAACCAAGGGUUUUUCGCUUUGUUCAACCACACGAAAAUGAAUAUGAAAACCCAUGGAAAGAAAGCUUUAAACAUUUGUAUAAAGGAAUUCAUGUUAGAACUGGUUUUCAAGAAAUGUACAUGGACCACUCGCGUGGAAGGAGACUUCGGGGCAGAGACAUGACGUGCUUUGAGACAAUAGAACAGGCAUACAGUUUUGUUGAUGCGGAGGAGAUAGAGAGUCCGUUAAUUCUGGUCCACUCCGGUCUGUACCAGGGGGAGUAUCUAUUUGUGGACACCAACGUUUCAAUCAUAGGAGCAGCACCUGGAAAUGUGAUAGACCAUGUGGUGAUAGAGAGAGAAAGUGAGUCCACCGUCAUGUUUGUAGAAGGGGCCAAGGAAGCUUAUCUGGGAUAUGUUACACUGCGAUUCUCCCCUGACAUUACAUCUACAGUACCCCACCAUAAACAUUAUGCUCUGGAAGUAACCGAGAACUGCUCACCUGUAGUAGAUCACCUCCGUAUCAGAAGUUCAUCUGUCGUCGGCGCUGCUGUAUGUGUGUCCGGAUCAGGGGCAGACCCCGUCAUCAAACACUGCAAAAUUAAGGACUGUGAAAAUGUUGGCCUCUAUGUCACCGACUAUGCACAGGGAAGCUAUGAAGACAAUGAGAUCAGCGGGAAUGCCUUGGCAGGGAUUUGGGUGAAAAACCAUGCUAAUCCAAUCAUGAGGAGAAACCACAUACACCAUGGCCGGGACGUGGGAAUUUUCACCUUUGAUAAUGGCCUGGGCUACUUUGAGGCCAACGAUAUCCACAACAAUAGGAUUGCUGGGUUUGAGGUAAAGGCUGGUGCUAACCCUACAGUAGUCAGGUGUGAAAUCCACCAUGGACAGACCGGUGGUGUGUAUGUUCACGAAAAUGGGCGUGGUCAGUUCAUAGAAAACAAAAUCCACUCAAACAACUUUGCCGGGGUAUGGAUAACUUCUAACAGCGAUCCGACCAUCAGGAAAAAUGAAAUCUACAAUGGUCAUCAAGGAGGAGUUUAUAUAUUUGGUGAAGGAAGAGGUUUGAUAGAACACAACAAUAUCUACGGUAAUGCCUUAGCUGGUAUCCAGAUCAGGACAAACAGUAACCCUAUAGUACGACACAACAAAAUCCACCAUGGUCAGCAUGGCGGUAUUUAUGUGCAUGAGAAAGGACAAGGUCUCAUAGAGGAGAAUGAGGUAUACUCGAAUACACUGGCAGGGGUGUGGAUCACAACGGGUAGUACGCCGGUACUGAGGAAAAACCGUAUCCACAGUGGAAAACAGGUUGGAGUGUAUUUCUACGACAAUGGACACGGCGUCUUAGAGGACAAUGACAUCUUUAACCAUUUGUAUUCAGGGAGUUCAGAUAAGGUUAGUUGGAGGACAGGAAGCAAUCCAUUGAUUCGUAAAAACAAGAUAUGGGGUGGACAAAAUGGUGGUAUUUUAGUGUAUAAUAGUGGCCUCGGUAUGAUCGAGUGUAAUGAAAUAUUUGACAAUGCUAUGGCUGGUGUGUGGAUUAAAACUGACAGCAACCCAGUGCUUCGUCACAACAAGAUUCACGAUGGCCGCGACGGGGGUAUCUGUAUAUUCAACGGAGGCAAAGGAAUCCUUGAGGAAAAUGAUAUCUUCAGGAACGCCCAGGCUGGUGUACUCAUCAGUACUAACAGUCACCCAGUAUUACGGAGAAACCGGAUAUUUGACGGCAAUGCUGCGGGUGUUGAAAUCACCAACAACGCUACAGCCACGCUGGAAGGGAACAAGGUCUUCAAUAAUAAGUUUGGUGGACUGUGUCUUGCCAGCGGGGUCAACCCAAAACAAAAAGAUAAUGUGAUCAGUGGUAAUCAUAACAUGGUACAGAGAGCAGUAUCGAGAGGCCAGUGUUUGUACAAGAUCUCCAGUUAUACUAGUUUUCCCAUGCAUGACUUCUACAGGUGUCGGACGUGUAAUACAACAGAGCGCAAUGCUAUUUGUGUGAACUGUAUCAAAUCCUGCCAUGCUGGACAUGAGGUGGAGUUUAUUCGCCAUGAUAGAUUUUUCUGUGAUUGUGGAGCGGGGACUCUGAACAAUCAAUGUCAGCUCCAAGGAGAGCCGACACAGGACACAGACACACUUUAUGAUUCUGCUGCACCAAUGGAAACACACACGCUACGAGUCAACUGACCAACGGCCAAACACAGGGAUUAGUUGACCAAAGAUAUAAUCACAUUGGCAUUCAGUGUUCGUGAGGAGCUAGACUCUUCAGCUCAUCAAACGGGCUGGUACCUGUCUGUUUAACGGUACCACGCCAUCAUGUGGGCAUUUGUUGUGUCUCCAUCUUGUUCAAACCUGUAGACAAAUCCUGGCUUUAUGAAGAGGAUUCCGCAAGUUUGUUUCAAGAAGAGUAGGAAAAGAAGGCCAAGGCAAUUUGGGAAACUGGAAACAGUUGACAUAUACAUACUCUACACAUGAUUAAUAUAUUGAUGGCAUUUAAUGCUGCAGUGCAGAUGGUUACAUUUAGAAAUCUCUAUUUUAUGUACAUGUUGGAGCACAUGUAGAUCUGAUAUACAGUGUGAACUUGUGUGGAGAAUGAAAGAGCAGGAUAGGAAGGAGAAAUGAAUGAGCGAUAUUGCAAGCGGAAAUACUAUGUGUAGAGUUACAUACUGUAAUGUGCUAUAUUAAAUCUCUAGAACCACAAGUUCUACAUGUAGUUCAUUUGAUAGGUUGCUUCAUUCCAACUUGUCCAUCAAUAUCAAAAGCAUUGGAUUUGAAUGUAUUACCAUGCGAUUCUGUGUGGCCAAUUAUUACCAAGCUACAUAGUAGCAUAAUCAAUGUUUAAAAGAAAUGUGAAUUUUAAAUGUUUUGUUAAAUUUAUGAAAUUGAAAAAAAUACAAAAUAUCUAUAUAGAUAUAUAUAUAUAUAAAUAUAUUGUCAUUAUUAUAAUUUUUUUUUUUUUUUUUUUGCCAAAAAAAAUGAUUUUCAUGAAUUAGUUAGAGGAUGUAGCAAAAUGAUUGUUUGGUAAGAUACGGAGAUACUAUUAAAGAUUCAGUACUUGCCAAAGCUUAUUUUUACGCAAUGAAAAAAUAUACAUUUAUUUAUGGGCCAGAAUUUAUGUAUGGGGUGUAUGUCAUGGGGGGGUCACAGCAGGGCUUCAGGUUGGGGGUGUGUUUUGUGUAGCCGGAGUUAUCUUUCUUGUUUUGUGUUUUCAGAUAGAAAGGGAUAUUAGUGUUAUGUUCCCAGGUAUCUGAGUAUCGGUGUUCAUGUCUCCCUUAAAGCUGAAAUUUAUGUAUUUGAAUUUUCACUGGAACUCUUUUUACUGGGGUAAGUUUUUGAUGGUGACACAAGACCUCCCUUGUACUGGGUAGUACAUUUAAGGUGCUAAUAUAACCACCAUCAGUAUUGAGGUUCCAAGCCUUUCACUAGGUGUCAUUUCCAGAAAUAAAUUUAUUUAAAAUUUCUAUUUAAAAUUUAAAAUAUCUGAACACUAUAUAUUCAUGCCCAUUAUAUAUCAAAGAGGACAGGUUCUGAGGUAAGAUUCGCUCCCAGCUGUCCAUUGUUUAUUGUCAAUACCUGUGCGCAUCUUGCUGGCAUUUUGUUUCCGUCCAGGUGUACACUGCCAAAGGUGGGCGGGGCACGUUAGAAGCAGGCUGUUGUCAGCACCCUUGUGUCCACAUAAAAUUUCAGCAUUUAACAGUUUAAAAGUCAACUUUCUCUGUUUUAGAUUGAUAUAUGUAGUUAGUCAAAUGUUGUCCUGAGCUGAAGAUAGAUAUUUCCAUUUCCAUGCUUGCUCUUUAAUACUUUCAAUCUUGGUAUGUAGGUGUAGGACAGUUCCUGCAGGCACGGAACUGCAGGCUGGCAAUAUUACUACAUAAUGCUGACAUCAUGCUGUACAGGUCAAAGUUCAUAUAUCAGUAUACUAUUCCAGUAUAUAGGCCUGUCCACAGUUCUAACUGUUCGUGUACAUACCAUUUGUUACAUUGGUCUCCUGUACCAGUGUGUACAAUUAGCGACAUGUUUUCGUGUAUAGUUUUCGUGAGACAUUCGAGAAGUUUGUGGUUCAGUAUUGUGGUGUAUGGUUUAGGUAGUGGUUCGGUAUAGCUUUUCUAUGUUAUAUCCUUUAAGUGCUAUACAAAGUUUAUACCCUGUCUGUUCUCGGUUCAGUAUGAUUGAAUGAUUGGAGUAUUGUGAACUCAGAUUUUUUUUAUAUGUAAGACAGCCAUGCAUGUAUGUGUGUUAUUUUUUCAUUAUUGAGUACAAAAGUUUUAUAAGAAAUGAUUAAUUACUGCGGUAUUUUACCAGGUAUUAGAUGAUCUAUGACUGAAUAUGUCUGGUAUAGAAAUGACAUUGUUCAAGUUCAGUGAAGUUGUAACUUCAAGGCCUAUCAGAGCUAAGAAUUUCAGUAAAUACUAGAACUAAA